AAGAAAUGUAUCAGACUACGUUCUCUAUAGGGUCAGGUGUUCCACUGGCCCAUCGUAGCACGACUAUACCUGCGCCAGAGUCUCCGUCGAUCCUUUCUGAGACUCCCUGUGCCUCUUCAGGCGAUAGCGAUGAGCUUCCACCUGAGGAUGAAGCCGAGGAUGCUUCUGUAUCUAACACUUCAGCUACAGAGUCACCACAUCCUAUGGAUCCGGCUUCGGACCACGAGAAUGAUUCGUUAGUUAAUCCUUCCAUCGAGCCAACGACGCAUCCUCCGGAAGAUGAAGGUCCUCCACGACUUUGACCAACGCCAUGGUACGGCCGCAACCGCAAUUGCUCGUUCGCAUGUGCUCCAACGCUCUACCCCAGUUCCUUGGUAUAUGGAUCCAGCGGUCACAGCCAUCGAUCGUGGCAAGAUUAAGCUGGAUGACAUCGCAGAAGCACCAGAGUACACUUCCGGUCUUGCUCAUCAUGGCGAUGCGUAUACUCAAUCAGGCGAUGAGGACAACGGGUUGGGCUUGGAAGACACUCACCAUCAAAAUAAAGAGCAUCUUCACUUGCCAAACGAGGAUGCUGAUGCAGCACUUCCGAACUUCGAGAAGCAUGAACAAACUUUGACACCGGAGCUCCAGCGCAUCAAGUCGCCAUUGGCUCAGCCCGCACCUCCACUAGCACCGGCUCACGUCAACCCGGAUGAUCCAGUCUAUGAGGCUGUGAUCUUCCCAAACGAGACCAAGGAAGUAAUCGCAGUGCAUCCUGGGAAGCCUUCCAAAGUGAGGCUUGAUGUGCCUUCGCUGCUCAACUUCGAUGGAGAGCAGGUCGAUGAUUGGGCGAGAGAUAUCCUCGCAGCCAUCCACAAUCACAAGUUUUUGGCAGACCUAGCAGCCAGCCAGCACGAGACUCCAACAGGAAAUGCCUACAUUGCAGCUGAAAAGAACGAUGGCGAACAUAUCGAGGUGCCGGAUAAUGGCCAAGUCAAAUUUGCAGAGGGCCACGCAGUCAAGGUGCAACUAGCCAAGGAAACUCCCAGUAUCGAAGUGGUCCCAAAUCACUCAAAGGAAGCUGUGCAACCCACGAUGCUCGGUACCCCAGUAGCCGUGGACGAGCGCGCCGUUACUCUAGCAAAUUGGGCUUCUCUUGUACAACUCGAUGGUCACCGCCUUCUUGAGCCUGAGAAUCCGGCCGCUACGCCUUCCAUCCGACAAGACCACGUUCAGCCUCUUAGCUUGUAUCCUCUCCCAGUCUAUCAAGAGCGCACAGAGAGCCGUUCAGAAGCGCCGCUCGUACGGUAUCUUCGGGUGUCUGCGUAUCACCUCUCUCUCAUCCUCUUCUACUAUGUCAUCAUCUCCUUCUUUCUUCCAGGUACAAGCGUACCGGCGAGUCUCUACCUUGUAGCGAGCACAUUUUUGGGCGCCAUGUGGGCAGUCCUAUACUAUCUUCAGCGCGAGCCUGACAAGCCUCGUACUGCUCGUGUCAUCGAUCGGUCGAAGAGCACCACAAAGAAGCGUUUUAUCAAGAUCUGUGGGACUCUGUUGGCUGUUACUGCUAUGAUUGCCGCAGUGGCGUACGGCACAACGCCGGGUGAACAUUCUAGGGAGAACCCGGCCUCGGUGGCCACAAUUCAUGCGAUUCAGGCGGAGACGUUGGCCGUGUGUACCAAUACGCUUGAUUGGGAGACUGUAUUCAGGCCCAUCACCACCUGCCUUGUGAACACACCGAAUCCCUUCCUCAUUAUUCCAAGAGAUCCAGCGAUUAACCAUAUCGCUAAGGACUCUGCCUCCGUGUUUGACUCUGACUACGAGUCCGAUUCCGACAUCUACGAUUCCUAUGGCAAGCCCAAGGCUGUCGCCACGCGUGCUUCUUCAAAUUGGCCCAGUCAACUCCUGGGCCUGGGUGCUGGCGUUUUGCUUGCGGGCGUGCAUAUUUGGUGGGCACAGAAUGGGCUUGAGGUAUAUCUCAAAAAUUACUUCUAGUUCUUCUGUCGUUGCUGGAGGUGUCAAAGGGAAAUAUGGUAGGAAGCUUACAAAGAGGAUGAGAUAAGUGCCGGCCAUCAGCGGUGCGGCAAGAUAUGAGAGCACUCAGCGAUUCAUGGGGAAAUUAUAGUCGAUGGUGGCGACAUUUUGGUGGUGGAGAAAGAAGGAGAGAGAGUUGAAGCUAGGUAUGGGAGGCUCGAAGAGGGCGUCAACUUGGGAAGAAAUGUCAUGACCCUUAAUAAACUCAUGAGGUUAAGGAGGGAUAUGAUUCAA